AUGAUUCUGGCGAUUCUGAUGUGGCUGGUGACAGCUGGAGUGUUACUACUCUCCGUUCUGCUCGUCACCGGCUUCGGGCAUCUCGACGGAAUCCUCACCUUCAUCCGCGACCGGCUGCUCGGUGGAUCCUACUGGAAAAGAAAGGGCGUUCCAUGCCUCGAGUUCAGGCCAAUAAUCGGCUCACUGAUGGAAUCCACCGACCCACACAAUCCAUGGUAUCACAGACUGCCUGGCUAUACUGCGAAGUUCGGCCCGGUCUGGGGUUAUCAAGAGGGUUACCGCAAUAUACUCGUCGUCGCCACCCCCGCGCUGGCAAAGCAAGUCUUGGUCUCGGAGUACGCGCAGUACCAACAGAGACGGGGAAACCCCAUCUUCCAAACCAGACCAACGGACGACAGCGCCCAUCUCGUCGAGGCCUACGGGCAAAGGUGGAGGCGCUUGCGCAGGAUUGUCGCACAUCAGCUUUCACCCCUCAAUCUCUACCCCACCAUCACCGACUCGACCCACCAUUUUGUGAACCAUCUUCUUACCUUUGAUGGGCAGGAAAUCGAGAUGCUAAGGAACUACCAGGAGCUGACCAUCGACAUCAUUUCUCGGAUGGCGAUGGGCCAAAAGGGUUCCCAACUGUUCUCGAACCAAUACGUCGACGAGACGAAGGCCUUCCUCAACCGCGACCCUCGUAACCCGAUCUUCCUUAGUGCUGCCAUGUUUAGCGCUCUGCGGCCGUUGGCUCGCAAGUUUUUCUUGACGGCCGGCCGGCUGACUGAGCAGCCUCCCUUUAGGCAACUCAAGGUAAUCGAGGAAGCGAUCAGGCUGCGCAAGAUUGAGCGGGCGGGAAAAACCAACAGCGAAUCGAAGGAUUUCAUCGACGACUUUCUCAACGCCACCGGAAAUGAAACCAACUUGGAGCUGGAAGCGCUUGAUGGACUCGCGGGGCCGAGCGUGGGCUCGUCUAAGGGGAUGAACGAGGCUGAGGUGGCGGUGCAUUGCUUACUAUUUUUGAUCGCCGGGUUCGACAGUACUUCAAGCGGAAUGGCUUAUGCAUCCUACUAUCUGGCCAAAUACCCAAAGGUCCAAGAACUAUUGCAAGAGGAGCUGGACGCCGAGUUCCCCGACCCGAACGCCCCAAUGCCAUACGACAAAGUUCAGAACCUUCCAUUUUUGAAUGUCGUUGUGAAAGAGGUCAUGCGUCUCGAGCCAACCGGAACCGUGGCCGUUACCCGGAUUGCGCAGAAUGAUGGUGUGCUUGACAAUAUCAAACUGGCCAAGGGCGACUGCGUGCAGAUUGAUGUCCGCUCUUUGCAAAAAUCCACCGAGAUCUGGGGUCGGUAUCUGGGCGAGUUGGAGCUGAAAUACGCCCUUGCCAAGGUCUACCGCCAUUUCGAUAUCACUGCCGGCGAGAAAUUUGAGGCAAGCCUGCAGUAUUUCGGAUGGAUCACCGUUUCUCCGAAGAGUGUGACGCUCAAAGUACAGAAGCGGGCCGGCGUUGAACUUACCCCGAUCGACCCGACGGCUGCCCCUCAAAAUGCCCCAGCGGACCCUGAAGCUGCCCCGGUGGACCCUCAAGCCGCGUCA